AUGUCGGAAGAAGAUGAAAUUUAUUCGGAUUAUACAAACAAAUUACAAAACGAUUACAAAGAUAAUAAUAAUUAUACGGAGGAUGGUCAAGACGUGGUAGGAGAAUACGACGAUAAAUUUAUAUUAAACGAUAUCGGUAACACCAUCGUCACUAACAACAGCAACAUAAUAACCAACAGCGGUAUGAUAAACGGUUACGAAUGCGACAACGAAUAUAAAUUAGUAGAAUUAGGUAGAAUAGAUUCUUCAUCUGGUUAUUGCGGAUUUGGCAUACUUCCGGGAGGUCAAUCCGUGUAUCCGAAUUAUAUGCAACACGGGUAUUCUCAUCACGUCAGGCACCCCGGAGACAUAUAUCAACAGGAGUGCGGAGGUUAUUAUCCGGUUCAAUCUCAACCUGUAUGGCAAAAUGAUAUACAGCCUACCAGGUGUGAAAUUUACAACGAUCCUAGAGAAAUUACAAAAAUGGGAGGAGGAAAUGAAGAUGCAUCAGUGACACCUUCAAGUAGUACAGAUGUUUUCACUCACUCAGUAGAUGCGCAUCCGGCAACGGUCACCUCAGCAUCGCAAGGACAUCAAAAACGUGCAAGAACUGCAUACACGAGCUCACAAUUAGUUGAAUUAGAAAAAGAAUUUCACUACAAUCGCUACCUGUGUCGUCCGAGAAGGAUAGAAUUAGCAAAUCAAUUGAAUUUAACGGAAAGACAAAUAAAAAUAUGGUUUCAAAAUCGUAGAAUGAAAUAUAAAAAAGAACAAAAACCAGGGGAUAAACCCGCGAGCCCUUCGAGCGUGACAAAUUCGGAAAAACAAAGUCCGAAAAUGUCACCAAACGUCGUCGAUUAUCAGGAAGACCAUCAAAAUCAUCACCUCGAGCAUCAUUAUCAAUCAAAUAAUAAUUAUCAUCACCAGGAAGUGACCGAGAGCGAAAUUUCCAGAACGAAUGAUGAAAAAUUGAAAAUUCAUUUCGAUAAAGACGUCGACGACGUCGUCGUCGUCGUCGCGAACGACGAUGUUGUUAAUCACGACGAUUUUAACUACGGCAACGAAACGAAAAAGGUACAUUGUGACGACACUUCCGGUUUUUACAACACUUCCGUUAAUUAUUUUAACGGUUUCGAAAGUUUUUACAUGCAAAACGAUAUCAAUUUACAUUCGACCGCGUCUUUAAAAAUAGGAGAAAACAAUUACGAAAAAACUUAG